AUGCCAGGUCUUUUAGUCCGGGGGAAGCCCAGCAGCAACGCGUCGGAAUGGCUCAACGGCGCCCGGGACGGCGUCUAUAUCCGAAUGACCCCGAAAUACAGCAAGGCUGGCAAAUUCAGCAUCACAGAAUGGUCCUGCGGCAAUUACUGCCUCGCCGUCGUCGACAAUGGGGUUCGGCGGGCAUGCCCUAGCACCGAGGCUGCUCUGACCAUCGACACCCUGAACAAGUAG